AUAUAUAUCCAGCUCCCGCCUGUCCUCUCCCCCCUUUCCAUCAUCCCUCAACAAACAAUUCGCCCUCUGAUUCUCUCAGUACCGAAACAAAAUACCAACACUUCAACUCUCACUCUUACAAACCAGACUCGUCAAAAUGGUCAAAGUACUUGCGGUUCUCUACGACGGCGGCAAGCAUGCCGAUGAGGUUCCCGAGCUGCUCGGAACCACCCAGAAUGAGCUCGGCAUCCGGAAGUGGCUUGAGGACCAGGGCCACACCCUCGUCACCACCUCGGACAAGGAGGGCGAGAACUCGACCUUUGACAAGGAGCUCGUCGAUGCUGAGAUCAUCAUCACAACCCCCUUCCACCCCGGCUACCUGACUGCUGAGCGUCUGGCCAAGGCAAAGAACCUCAAGCUCGCCAUCACUGCGGGCAUUGGCUCCGACCAUGUCGACCUGAACGUGGCGAACAAGACCAACGGCGGUAUCACCGUCGCUGAGGUCACGGGCUCCAACGUGGUGUCGGUUGCCGAGCACGUCGUCAUGACGAUCCUCGUGCUAGUCCGCAACUUCGUGCCCGCGCAUGAGCAGAUCCAGGAGGGCCGCUGGGACGUGGCCGAGGCGGCCAAGAACGAGUUCGACCUCGAAGGCAAGGUUGUCGGCACUGUGGCCGUCGGCCGCAUCGGCGAGCGUGUCCUGCGCCGCCUCAAGGCCUUCGACUGCAAGGAGCUGCUCUACUACGACUACCAGCCGCUGUCGGCCGAGAAGGAGGCCGAGAUUGGCUGCCGCCGUGUCACUGACCUCGAGGAGAUGCUCGCCCAGUGCGACGUUGUCACUAUCAACUGCCCGCUCCACGAGAAGACGCGCGGUCUCUUCAACAAGGAGCUCAUUUCCAAGAUGAAGCCCGGCUCUUGGCUUGUCAACACUGCCCGCGGCGCCAUCGUCGUCAAAGAGGACGUCGCCGACGCCCUCAAGUCGGGCCAUCUCCGUGGCUACGGCGGCGACGUCUGGUUCCCCCAGCCCGCGCCCCAGGACCACCCUCUGCGCUACGCCAAGAACCCCUUCGGCGGCGGCAACGCCAUGGUCCCCCACAUGUCGGGCACUUCGCUCGACGCCCAGAAGCGCUACGCCUCGGGCACCAAGGCCAUCCUUGAGAGCUACCUCACGGGCAAGCACGACUACCGCCCUGAGGACCUCAUCGUCAUUGGCGGCGACUAUGCCACCAAGGCUUAUGGCGAGCGCAAGAAGUGAGCUAAGAAGGGAAAGGGGAAAUUGUAAAAAAAGAAAUAUGAAACCAACCCAGAAAAAGGAAGAAAAAGGAAAAGGGGGCUUCAUGUAACUUUGUGCUCCACUCGCUGGAGAGAUGGUGAUCAUUUAGGGGUCCGAUCUUCUCUAAUUCUGUAAUGACGAUAACGACGAAUCUGAUAUUUGGAAUGGAAUGGAAUUUUGGCAAGGCUGCGGUAUUCCUUGGUAUUCAUGCCACAUCUCAUCUUACCUAACUACCUAACUUACCUAGCAAGCUAGGUACCUUGGCUCAUAUAGGUUUCUUAUCUUGAGUUAAUCCAUUUUUUCAUCUUGGAAUCUUCAUACCAACCAGUAAAGGGGGUUACAAGUUCCAAGUGACCGCUAAGAAU